AGUAGGAAAGCGGGUUCUUGAGAUAAUGCUGACUAAAAUAGACUUAGAAGAUGUUUGCCUGUUGAACUGCUAAAAAGAGUUUCUGAAACGUAGAAUUGACAAAAAAUCACAAGACUUAGAAUUACCUGAGCGACGCCUCCAUAAGUGAAAAUGCCAUGACCUCUGUUUCACCUCCGCCCGUCUCGCGCAGCCGAUCGGAUGCAUUUUACCCGUAGCAGCUGAUCGGGAGAAUACGAUUCCUACGUCUGCUUCCAUGCGCGCAGCCGCAGUCUAGGACACACAAUUCGCCGCUGUCCUUGCUUUCACAGACGACACGUAGUUUACUUUAGCAGCGUGCACACAACUCAGACGAGAAGCGAUUAAUUUGCCUGAAAGGAUGUGCUCCUCCGAAAGCUCGCUGAUCGAUCGUCCUCAUUAGCGGACCGCUGGCUCUACUCUCUGGUACGAGCAGUUACAACGAACAACCCAACCCUCUUUGUCGAGGAGAGAUCAACUAGGUCCACCAAGACAGACUACCACUACUGUCUAGUGCAUCACAUUCAUCAGGAAGAACACUUCUAAAGUUAUUUUUACAGGCGAUCUCCAGAAGAAUUAUUACUACUGCAUGAAGAAAAUGACGUCUCCUUUGCACGCAUCAGCCGUAACGGACUUCCUGCAGCGCGUGCAUUCGCAACUUCCAGCUGCUAUUAAUAGCAUCGCAGCUUCGACUGCAGGAAAUGGGGUUAUGCAUAAAAUGGGUUGUCAUCGAGGGGACAGAAGUUGUUCUAUAGUAAACAAAGAAAGUCUAAGUCGUAUGAUUAUCUCUGGUGCAGCGAUUGAUUUGUCGCUGUCAAAAGCACCGAGUGAGAGUCUGCUACUAACUUCUAGUCUCCCUUACUACAGCAGUAGCGUAAGUAUCAGAUACUGUCGCUAUUGAUUUGCGUAAAAGACAGAAUGAGUCUGCCUCUAAUCCCGGAGCAUGCAACAGUGAUUUUGGCGCUGUUCGCGGAGACUACAAUUUUGAUUUUUCUCUCCGACUUGAAGGCGGCCAAGGCUUUUCCAAUACUGGAAUCCUCGUAGCCUCUGCCAACGAGAAGAAAACGGAGUCUGGGAGUGAACUUCCGCUAGGGAUAAAGUGCCGAUGGCGUCGACAAAUCACUACAGAAGGAGGAAACGUGGACGAAUUGAUCGUGGACAUUGCUGGCAUAUCAACGAACAUGUACCAGCUUUCUGCGGAUGACAUAGGCUGCAGGAUACUAGUAGAGGCGACACUGGCAGAUUCUGCGCAAGCUGGACACUAUAGCUAAGGUUUGAUACAAUUCAUUUCCACUGGUCAUUUUCUUAAAUGUUUCCUACUUGGGAUUCUGCGGGAAUGAAGGAGAGAAGUGAAUUGCUUGGGCUCUAAGAUGUGGGGACAGCGUUGGGAGAAAUGGGUCCAUUCGAGCUGGAUCCGUCGACAAGGAAAAGUCUGGAGAAUUCGAUCAAUGCAGGAGGAUCGCGGUUUCCGGUCACUUUUUACAAGUAUGAAGUUCGGGGAAAACUAUGAUUUAUAAUGAUUCUAAGUUUAUAACUAGUCGUGGCUAGGAGAAAGUAGCUAGUCUUUCACGUCUAUCUCCAAGGCUUGCUAGUAAGUAAGUAAAAUGUAGUUUGAAGUACCGUUUGUGAAGCUAAAAAUGCAUUCUCGUUCAUCUUUCGAAGGAAAACGAGCCAAAGCAAAACUACAUGCUGCACGUCACAGCGGACGAAAUCAAGGUCAUACAACCAGGCGUAAUGGAGAGGUUCGAUCGGGAAGUAUCAAUUAUGGUUCGGUCUAUUUUUUCCCUAAUGUUUUUCUUACACAACAGGUAUGCAGAAGGAAAUACCUCAUUACUGCUCUACUUCCUUUUCCAACAGUUUGAUCAAAGUGGAGGACGACUACCGAGGUGUGCCAGCAGUAGCAGUGGUACCUGAGUUGACUAUUUGCGUUUACUUAAAAAUGGACAUCGACAUCUGGGUACUUACUACAACUAAUACUACUACUACUACUACAUCGAAGUAGUUUUCCUCUAAAUUAUUCGCAUACUCGGCAGAAUUUCCGCGAGUCCUGAUACAUCCGCUCGAUAUUCUCAAGUUCAAGCUGCUCAUCCUAGAAGAGAAUGUUAUGGAAAAGUCGACAAGAAGUGGACAUGUUAGGUGUUCACCAUCGUGAACAUGAAGAUACACUGUUGUCUUUCAGACACCAGAGACCACAGUCCUGAAGUUGUACAAAUAAAAGAGUUCGAGUUGUACAAAUCCUCGAGCACCUAAUCAAACGACCAUUUCUAACCUCUGAAACGUCUGCGAAAUGCAUUUCGCCUCUCUUAGUCGCCAAUCCCGGGACCUCAUUGCCCUUACCAUGCGGUGCUUCCACGCGAGAAGGUAUCUAUUAGCCAAUCUUCAGCAUUGUGCUGUCAUGUAUACCUCAUUUUUGUAUUUUUUGUCAGAGUGUUUAUGUUGCUUGCUUGCCUUCUUGCUUGCUUUGAACGAUCUGAACUCUUUCAACCAACAAUCAGGCACAUCUCAACGGCAGCACUGCUCGAUAGAGUGCUAGCAAACCCAGGCAACCAUGGCACAGCGAGAUUAGAGCAUCCAUCGAACAGCACUAUUAAGGCUUGUUUCUUGAUUACUUGUGGUUGGUUUUGAUUCAACAUUUGUGACUCCGAUUUGAUUUCGCUUCACAAGGAAGAGAAAGCUCGUCCUGCUAGUGCUUGCUGACAAUAAAUAGACAGCAUCAACAUUUGUGAUACCGCGUGAAGAAAGACGCAUCAAUUUACCGAAGAAGCUACUUCAUCUAAGAAAGAGGCGCUUGAUCUGUGCUUGUACACUGAUCGUUUGCGUGGCGAACUGAUGCGGCAACUCGAAACCCGUGGUGCGAUAGAAAAACAAUACUUAUGCACGGUCCAACUAAAAUACACACGACGCGAGUCUGGAGCCUCGUCACGUCUGGCUAUCUCGUGCUAUUCUGAUCCUGUAUAGGUGCUCAUCUACAUCUAACACGGCGUUCGUGAAGUAUGAACGUGCCAAGAAGGAAAUAAUCAGGUACACGUACAACUGAUACACACCAGGUAAGUAUAAUGUUUUUGACAUGUACAACCAGACGAACUUUCUUCAUACUACCACAAGAUCGCGAAGGAGAAGCUACUACUAGACGACCAGUUGCAUGACACGAUUACAAGCUACACAGGGGUCAUACAACACUUGCAAGGAGAGGUACUACUUUCUUAUCUUGAGAGGUCCAAAACACUCGUCCGCCUGCUUCACAUCCACCCCCCUCCAACCUUUAAGUUCAUUUCAUAUCCCUUUCCCUCCUAUCGGACCUCCUGUCGGUAUCUUCCGUAUCCUCUCCACAGGCACAGCAACCCGAUACUAGCAGAGAUCCGUUUUUUCAGUCCAACCAUGUCCCACUGGGCAAAUAUGAGGGGUUGCAGCAGGAGAUUUCGAAUCUCAAGAUCGAAUUAGAGUUAAGGGGGCUUCCUCUAAUGAUGGAUGAUCCUGAAGCUGUCCCAUGUUAAGGGGAAGGAAGCAUCAGGAUGCAUUUGAAGAUGGAUUAGCGUGAGCGCUAACAGAAGAACAAAGAAGACAACUCAUACAAGAGAAGCACAAAGCCAAGUUAAGCAACCCGUUUGGCACCGGAGGCGACGCGUCAGAAAAAGCAGAAAUAGAGCGACUCAAAGAAGAGAAUCGGCGGCUUCUUUUAUGGAGGCUCAGUAGUGUCAUCAACAUGGCAAGAACAGGUGCAGCUACAGCAAGAGAUCCAGUAUUGAUCACAUCAUUCUAGUAUCAUGAUCAUCAAGCUCCAGUCAACGCCAUCCAGGACUUGCUUCCACACAUAGAAGAUGGUGGAAGAUUCACUUCUGGCAACAACAUUCACUUCUUGCUAAUCAAUCGCACGAGUGAGCAAAGCACAGAAGUGAGAAGACUUAGGGUGGAAAACGAUCGACUGCUAGAGGAGAGGGAGACUUUGCAUGCCAGACUGCGGCAAGCGGACCAGGAAAAAAACGAGUUGUCGACCAAUUUCUCCUUCGUCAAGGGUGAAUAUGAUAGUAUGGCAGGAAGUGGGAAAUGUUCUACGUACUCGAGCCUGUUUCGUCCCGGGCGGCGCGGCUUGGCCGCAAAGCCGCGGACCUUGAACCUUGAACCUUAAAUGGGAGACGUUCUUGUUUGAUAAUCACGUAUUUGUACUUGAGAAUAGGAACAAGGGGAGUGGUGGUGUCCCCUAUGUGGAAUAUAGAAGACGAGGGACGCUUCUGGUGAGAGUAAAUCCCUUUGGAAAGUGGACAAAAGUAGUUUAUUUGAGCGAAUUUUUUUUUGGAGGUUUCCUCUCUUUUCAUAUCGAAGCUGCAGAUGCAAGGGACUAGUAACUACUACUACGGCGGUGGUAGCAGCAGCAGUAGUGGAGCGCAUGCAGUCCUGGAGAGCUCUGGUAAUUUAGUCAGUUUCAAUGUCAAGGUCUCAAUUUCUGAAGGACAUCAAAGGUGGAUUGCUGUGCUAAAACAGAGACAGAGGCAUCAUCCAUAACACAAAGCUAGAAGAUUAUGAUCAUAUGCUAAACGAUGACCAUGUAAAAACCCAAAAGUUGAAUCAAUCUAUCUCCAUCAAGAAUUUCUCAAACUAACAGAAUAUCGUGCUCUGCUAGAGGAGCGAAAUCGUUUAGCGCGAAGAGUAGACCAACUCUGCGAGGACGCGGAAAAAUCGAAGACUACACUUAUGAGACACGAACACCAGUGUAUCUAUUUCUAUUCUAUAGAUUCUUCUAUAUGUGGAAAUGAAAGCUAUCCGCGACCCUACAAAGAUAACUCCUUCUGUUUCGCUUUGAUUGUUUAUCAGGAUUUCAAAAAUCUUUGUCUUCAAGAAUCAAACUAAAGAAACAAAUAGAAAAGCCAGUACAACGUUCGUCUUAAACAUCCUCUAACGCAUAAGACCAAUCCCUCGAACGGGUGAUGACAAGCAAUGCCCGACUUUUAGAGGAGAAGGACCGGCUACACCGCGAAGUCGACCGAGUCUCCAGAUUAUACUUAUGAAACAGUGACCCUGAAUGUCAGUGUCAGACACAGUAGUACAGAACAGAAACAGUGACCCUGAAUGUCAGUGUCAGACACAGUAGUACAGAACAGAAACAGUGAUCCUGUCCCCUAUGGAUUAGUAAAGAACAAUACAACUUCUAUGUAAUGAACAUCAACGUCAUGAAGGCUUGUUGGAGCAGUUCGACCCAAGAAAUGUCAGUGUCAGACACUUGCAGUUGCCCAAGGAAUAGAUUCCUACCUUAUGUGAUCACUAGGACAUUCCUCUCCAUUGUGCCUCGCUUUGUUUAAGUAGUUACUUGCUUAUUUCAGUUUAUCGAAUAGGUAGUAAAUUAGGACACGAGCAGCUACAAGUCAAUCUCAAAGUAAGAGAUCUGAAGAUCUCAAUUUUAUGUCGUUUUCAUGUCUUGCAGAAGCCGUGGACAGCUUCUCAACCUCAGCAGGGGACAGCGGUCGCGAAAGGGCUAACGCGGAAGUUGUGCAAAUUACGGCGCAAAUUAUCCUGUGUGUCAUCUUCAAUGGGUGUAAGUUAGUAACCAUGAAAAUACCAAUUAGGAGUUAUACGAUGAUCACUACAACAAGAACUACUCGUUCCUUACUUACUAUUAUCUUCCCAGCUCUUCUAAGACCAAAGACGAGAAAAUUCGGCAGCUUGAGCUGGAGAAUCAGCAACUAAAGGCUCGCAUUCGUAAACUUGCGAGCAUAUAGUGACCACAGAGCAGAGGCGGUUGAUUCGGCGGUCGUGCUACAGGGUAAGCACUCUAGCUGUCCCUGUUUUUCGCCAUCUACUCGCCUUUCCGAUGAUAGCGGACGGUCACAGCAGAGGCACAUGCAUGACAGUGCCCUGCCUCGUCUGUGAACGCUGAAGAGCCCGAUGCUUAAUAUCUUCGACAGGGGUUGCUGAUCUAGAACUCAUUGGGUUGCUCCUUCAGAAUUUGAGGAUAAGAGCAGUACGUCAUACGUCGACUAUUGUAGUACUCGAAAGAAACUAUUCCAAUAGAGAUGGCGAGUAUGAGUUUAAGUGAUCAUGAAAGGUAGAGAUCUGAUGAUGACGAGUAUGAGCCUAAGUGAUCAUGAAAGGCAGAGAUCUGAUAUCACCACAAGGAAGCCGAAUUAUUGUCAUUCUAGCGAUCGUAAUAAACUUUGGAC